CACAAAUAGGGGCCCUUUGCUUUGGGACAGUAAAAUUUAUACCAGUAUUGCUUUCAGCUUUUUUACCUGCUAUUAUUGUUAUUAUGAUCGUUUUACAUGCAAGAAACAAGAAACACGACGCUACAUUCCGCGUGUGCACCUGAGGGGUUUUUCAUUAGCAAUCAGAGCUGCGGUUUGCGAUAAAGUUGUUAAGUUUGGAGCUUUGGAAGGUAGGAAGAUAGGGAUAACGCUGGGAGAAGAAACACCGUAAAUGAAUGCGUUUUUGGUUUCUUUUUUACGGUUUUCAUUGUGCAAGUGUGCAAAAGAAAUGAAAACAACUGACUUUUACACGUGAAAGCGUUCGAAAAAUGUGUCACUUUUUUGACACAUUUUAACGAUUCAUUCAUGAAAGUUUGUGAUUGGACGUUGGAGAUACAACGUGAAAGUGCAAAUUUUUUGGCUAUUUGACUGGCAAAAACUUAUCUUUGGCAACUGGUUUUAGUUUAAUUUAUUGUAGCGAAGAAAAAACAGCAUCAUUGUAAACUUUUAGAUGACAACAAACCAGUUUCGAUGCAACACGACACCGCUUGGAGCAUUUAAACCAUAACAAAAUGGCAUUUUUUGCACUUCCUGUAAACACACGUCUGCGUCGAAGCGUGUUGGUUUUAUUUGUAUUAAUCAUAUAAGCCUGAUUGUUUGCAAACGCAUAAGAACGUACACCGCGAACUGUCCAGUUGGCCUAGUAACCGGAGCAGGGUUCGAUAAACGUUGCGUUCGUCUGAAAAAUAAGAAACUAAAGUGUCGGAUAGUGCCCUCGCAGUGGUGCUCCACCGUCCACUGACCUCGGUACCAAACCUGAUGGAGGAGAAGGGAGGCAAGGGAGAAGGAUGAAUUGCAACCCCUGAUUGCGUCACACCGCACGCUGCACGUGCAGUUUGGAGUCAACAUAGCCCGCGACGGCGGACCCUCUGCCGGGACACUUCGGGCUAGUGCGGCGGGAAAAUAGAUGAGCGACGGAUGCGCCACAAUCGGUGGUACAAUCCAGUGGUGUGCAGGACCGCACACUAGGGGAGGCAGACCGAGACGCAAGGGGUGCCUAUAAAAGCUCAUCCAUAUUCAUGUCGGUCGUAUCAGUUGAGCGUUGCCCGGGACCAGGACCACCCGCCACCAGCAAGCGCACGGACACUCGACCCCGACCGGCAGCGAUUUACGGGAGAGCGCGCGUACCAAUCGGGACCGAUCGCGCACAUUAGCGGUGCAUCGUAAUUGCCGUACAAUUAUUGGUAAUUUCUCAUAAUAUCUUGCACACGCCAUCGUCAGCAGUAUGCAGCGACGAAACGCCAGUGGAGGGGGGGUUGCCGUAUUGCUUACGGCGAUCAUGGCACUGCUCCCGACCGGAUGUGACGCGUCGCUCGAUGUGCCGCAUCUUACCCUGUCGAAGAGCUUCUCGCGCGCGCUGCAAGACUGCAUGGAGUACCUGCAGGUGCCGGGCUACCGGUACGCCGAGUACGCCGCAAACAGCUUUCCCGACGAUCCCGAAACCAAGUGUCUGCUCCGGUGCGUGGGUCUGAAUCUGCGCUGGUGGAACGACACCACCGGCAUGCAGACCGCCGUCAUCGAGGGCUUUUUCCAUCCCGAUCCGCUCGACGAGCUGUACGAAAACCGCACGGCGGAGUGUUUGCGUAAGGAGCUGUCGCACGCCGAUACGACCGACUGCUGCUGUUUGGCGUACGACAGCUUCCGGUGCUAUCUGCAGCACUACGGCAACUUGGUACCCUGCGCCCGGUUCUACCCGGAGGAUGAGACGAGAUUCGUGCGGGCGGCACAGGACUGUAUCGAGUUUCUGCAGAUACCGCACAAGCUGCUGAAGAGCUACAGUGCCGGCAGCUUCCCUGAUGCGCCCGAAACGCGCUGCCUGCUGCGAUGCUUCUUCCUGCGCACCGGUGUGUUCCACGUCGACACGGGCUUCGAUGUUGAGCGGUUGUAUACGCGUGACUACGAACAGCCGGACGAGCGCUAUCUGGCACAGGAAACCGAAGCCAGGCUACACAAGCUGCGCGGUUCCACCGGUGACCAGUGCACGGAGGUGUACCUUGCGUAUCGGGAUGUGCUUGGCGAGUUGGGCAGGGCGUACUAUGAAUACGAUGUGCUACAGGCGGCAGCCGCCAAGAUGACGGUGUGCGAGGUGGCCGUAGAACCACCAGCAAUGACCACCACCACUACCACUACCACCACCACUCCCACAACCACUACAGCGUGUCCUUCCACGACCGAGUUCAACUACAAGGAGCUGAACUGUCAGAACUGUGGGCGAUUGUUCAUAUCCAACAACGGUCGAGUGUCGUGCUGCAGGUGUAUGAAGUCCUCCACACCGUUCGGCAAGUUCUUCUUCUAGAAGCUCGUGUGUUUGCUUUGAGCGCUAAGUUUGGUUUAAUAAUUUAUUACUCUAUCAGUUAAUAAAAGGUUUAGUACACAUUUGAUGAAACGCCUAUCUCAUUCUAAGCUGCAUAAUUCCGGAAUGUGUUGUCCAUGACAUGAGAUGUCCAAACCGCACGCGUAAGCGCGGACUUGUUUCACAACAAUUAGAAGCCAUCCCAACACGGACAGUGGCCCGCUAGUGACCACACAGUGUUAUUUAUGUCUUGCCACUCCAAAACAAAACGUGCGCUUUUGUGCCACAUUCCUCGUAACCAAAUGCAUUCCGUGCGUAUGACGCGUGAGUGCGCGUUAUGUAAAAGAGCUUUUGGUUGCGUAUGUAAAACAAAUCAACACAAUGCAUUAAAAUGUAUUUCGUUUAUUAAAAAAACAUAAAUAUCAAAUAGACAACAUGGCUAUGGCUAUACUACCUAAAAACUACGUCCAAAGUGUUCUGCCUUGCAUGUACGGUGGAAGGAGGGAUAGGGCGAUCGUUGUGCGUAUGAUCGUGCCGGCAGUGCUGACAGAGCCGUUGCUGGCUUAUUAAUUUUGUGUGAUAUACUGACAGGUGCUGGUUUCGUACAUGGUAGUGGCAGCUCAGGAUAGACCAUCGGUUGCGGGUUUACUGUUUUCUCAAAGGGUCCUGUCCUACGUACCGCGGGAUACAACGUUUCGACAG